UUUGAAUUGAACCUAGCACCACACAAAGGAGCGAUGGCGAGUGCACUUGCAGCGGCGCCUGCGCUGUCCAAGAACGCCAAGAGGCGGCUGAAGAAGAAGGCGGAGAAGCAACUGGAGUAUCUCAAUGCGACGAAUGACGUUGCUACAACUGCAUCCUCGUCGAGCGGCAAGGCAGACGCCCCUUCGUCGCCCACCGCAGCCCACGAACCUGCCGUAUCCGUGGACGUGGAGUAUGUGAGCAGCGACCUUGGGCUAUCUGAAGACGACCCUGCAUUCGAUGAAUUCUCCCGCGUGUUCCAGAGAUUUAUGAAAGCGGAGGAACUGUGCGGUCAAGUCGUUGCAGCCGCAGACGGGGACGACACCAACGAGAACGAAGGCGGUGAAGACGUAACAACCGUGGAGGAAGACAUCGAACCCGUCAAGCAACUGGGACGCAAGGAGCGCAAAAAGGCAAAGCAGCUGAGCAUUGCGGCGCUGAAGCAGAUGGUGGUGUGUCCGGACGUCGUCGAAGCACACGACAUCACGUCGGCCGACCCACCAUUCCUGUGCUACUUGAAGGCGUAUCGGAACACAGUCCCAGUGCCGCGUCAUUGGUGCCACAAGCGAAAGUAUUUGCAGGGAAAACGCGGGAUUGAAAAGAUUCCAUUCGUCCUGCCGGACUUUAUCGCAAACACGGGGAUUGCCGAAGUGCGCGGCGCCGGCGUCGAAGCCGACCUGAACAAGAAGGGUGCAGCAAAGAUGCGUGAUCGCAUGGCACCAAAACUCGGGCGCAUUGACAUCGACUACCAAGUGCUGCAAGAUGCAUUCUUCCGAUACCAGACCAAACCGACGCUCACCAAACUCGGCGACUUGUACUACGAAGGCAAGGAAUUUGAAGUGAAGCUCAAGACCAAGACCCCCGGCAUCCUCAGCGACGACCUGAAGCGUGCGCUUGGGAUGGUGGACGGGGUACCGCCGCCAUGGCUGCUCAACGUGCAGCGGUAUGGACCUCCUCCAGCAUAUCCGCAUUUGAAGAUUCCAGGGUUGAACGCUCCGAUUCCGGAAGGCGCGUCGUUCGGGUAUCAUCCUGGUGGGUGGGGCAAACCGCCUGUCGACGAAAAUGGCAAUCCUGUGUAUGGAGACGUGUUUGGAAAAGGCCAGACGCAGGCUAUCGUUGUGGAGGAAGCCGUGAGCAAGGAACGAUGGGGCGAGUUGGAACCCGUGGUCGAGGAAGAAGAGGACGACGAAGACGAGGAAGAAACCAAAGACGACGACGGCGUGAUGGACUUGGACGACGAAGAAGAUGUCCGUGGCGGACGACCUGGCCCUGGUGAUUCGCUGGAUUUGCGCAAGCAACCGCCCAUGUCUUCCGAACACUCUGUGCCCCCGCCGCCACCCCCAACCACGUCUGGCCCGGCCAAGGAACUGUACACUGUGUUGGCCCAGACAGAGACGGCAGUGGGGUCUUCGUCGAUCUACGGUUCCACGCAUGCCUACGUCGUGUCGCAGCCAACGGAGGAUGGCGGGCUACAUAGCGUCCAAUCGACUAGUGGCGUGAACAGCGUGUCUACGAGCGGCAUCGCCACGGACGAUACGGAGGGCAAGCGCAAGCGCAAGCUUGAGAAGGCUCGGGACGAAAAGAGCUCGAAGAAGUACAAGGACUUUAAAUUUUAAAAUUGUGAACAAGGUGGGAGUUUCGAUAUGUCG